UUUGGUCCCGUCGCAUUAUCGUCCCUUGGCGGUGACCUCAACCCUUUUAUAGCGACCCCGCCUCGGGGUAGCGAGAAGCCCCGCCCCCUUUGGGGCGGGGGGGAGGGGGUAGCGCACUCCGCUUGAGCCUUGUGGGCACCCGUAGUGAGGAACUGUGGAACGUCGGUCGCGGUGUGGAGACACCGCGGGCCCCGUGACCAGCCGGCGCCCCCUAGCCCCUGCGUGGAGCCAGGCGAGCCUCAGCCCGGCCCCGGGGCGACGCGCUCAGCCGCAGGUCCAGUCAUGGCAGAUUACUGGAAGUCACAACCAAAGAAAUUCUGUGAUUACUGCAAGUGCUGGAUAGCAGACAAUAGGCCUAGUGUUGAAUUUCAUGAAAGAGGAAAGAAUCAUAAGGAAAAUGUGGCCAAAAGGAUCAGUGAGAUUAAACAGAAAAGCCUGGAUAAGGCUAAGGAAGAAGAAAAGGCAUCAAAGGAGUUUGCUGCAAUGGAGGAAGCUGCCCUGAAAGCAUAUCAAGAAGAUUUAAAAAGGCUUGGCUUGGAGUCAGAAAUUCCAGAGCCAAGCAUAACACCAGUAACCACCACUGUCCCAACUCCCUCUGCAUCAAAUCAGCAAAAAGAAAAGAAGAAAAAGAAGAAAGAACCUUCAAAGGGCAGAUGGGUAGAAGGCCUAACUUCUGACGGUUAUCAUUACUAUUACGAUCUUAUCACAGGAGCAUCUCAGUGGGAGAAACCAGAAGGAUUUGAAGGAGAAUUAAAAAAGACAGCAGCGAAGAAUGUUUGGGUAGAAGGUUUAAGUGAAGAUGGUCAUACUUAUUAUUAUAAUACAGAAACGGGAGAGUCCAGAUGGGAAAAACCUGAUGAUGUUAUUCCACACUCUGGCAAUCUGACUUCUGGGAAAGUCAAAGAAAAGUUUAUUUGCACCCUAAAAGAGUCUAAAACAUCAGAUUCACAUAGUGAUUCAGACAAAGAGCUGGAAGCUGAAAAAAAAGAGCUCCCUACAAAAACACAAAAACUGCAAAUAAGAUUUAAGGAGAAAAGUAAAAUUAGUAGUAAAGCAAUAGAACCAGAAAGAAAGAAGAAUAAAAAUAUCCAAGAGCAAAAUUUAUCAGUUCCAAAAGAAAAACCAAAAACCCCCAAAAAAGUAACUCCCUAUGGAGAAUGGCAAGAAAUUAAACAAGAAGUUGAGUCUCAAGAAGACAUAGAUUUGGAACUUCCAAGCACUGAAAAUGAGUAUGUAGCAACUUCAGAGGCUGAUGAUGGUGAAGAGCCCAAAGUGGUCUUUAAAGAGAAAACAGUCACUUCCCUUGGAGCUGUGGCCGAUGGAGUAGCCCCAGUCUUCAAGAAGAGAAGAAUUGAAAAUGGGAAAUCUAGAAAUUUAAGGCAACGAGGAGAUGAUCAAUAAUUAUAAAAAUGCUUUUUAUACGUGCUUUUUGGAUAGAAUGGAGCCUGUACAUCUUAAAGCUCCUCUCUGUUUCUGAGUACUUUUAUGUCAAAAUCUUAAAUGUAUUCUUAAUGUAUUUUAUGUGAAUUUAAAAUAAAUGUUUUUUCAUGUGA